GCGAAAAAAAUCUCACAUGCAAAUAAGGCAAAAAGCAAUUAAAAUAACUUCCUUGUAUUUGCUCUGUACAAUUACGUGUCGCAGUUUGCGAAGGAAAUAACACGUAACCUACCGCGGGGAACUAUAAAAAUAGUUUACAUCGCUUGUAAUUCUGGUCGGCCCUGUGUAAUAUGUCUGUUCCCUUCGCUUUGGCCUUAAAGAGUGGACAACAAACUUGUGGUUAUUGAGCGUUCUCGAGAAAGGAGGCCAGCUAGGAAAAUGGUAACCAACGGUACAUCUGAGAAAAAUCCAUACGAUGACCUCAGAAAAAUAUUAGCAGCAAGAAACACAGCCGAAUGCAUUACAGAGACGACAAUUUAUGUAAUAAUCAACCUGAUGGCCUUUUUAGGCAACAUCCUCGUUUGCUUGAUCUUCUACAAAAAUCCAAGUUUACGAAGCGUCACCUAUCUGUAUAUUUUUGCGCUUGCCAUAUCGGACGUUUUCAUGGCAGCAUUUUGCAUGCCUCUCGUCUGGGGAGUAUUGCUCUUGGGUGAAUGGAGAUACGGGGAGGUUGUAUGUGGAUUUCAUGGCUUCGCUGUGCUCUUCUUAGCAUUCGUGUCUUUGCAGACCAUAGCUUUGUUAGCCUUUAAUCGGUACUGCCGAGUGGUGAAACCAUGGCUAUUCCGCAAGAUUUUCAAGAAGAAUUUCGUUGGAUUCUCCUUAUUGGCUGUCGUUUCCUCCGCCGCGUUUUUUCUUGGCCUACCUCUUGCUACAGGUUGGGGCUAUUUUCAUUUCCAUUCUGGCAAGAUUACUUGCGUAUUAGAAUUCCAUCAUCCCGCCACAGACAAGAUUUACACUGGCAUCUUGGGGUUGGUCAAUGUCGUUGCUCCAUUUGCUGUCAUAACUUUCUGCUACACCAAAGUGUUUUUGAAAGUACGGCAGCAUCGACAACGCUUUUCUUCAGUAACCUCCACAAACCCAAGACUGAGCGUUGAAGAAAUAAACAUCACUAAAACGCUAUUUGCCAUGGUGUUGGGUUUCACCUUGUGUUGGCUCCCUGUUUUCACUAUCGAGUUCACGGAUGCUGUAACAGGAAAUCACUCCUUACCUAGGAAGGUGUAUCUCAUCAAUGUCUUCCUAGUUUCGAUAAGUGCUGCAAUCAACCCAGUGAUAUAUGGGGUGCUUAACAGAUCCUUUCGCGCGAGAUACUGCGAAAUGUUUCCUUGUCGAGGCAGUUGCUUAAUGACAGUUUGGAACAUUCAAAAGGAACAGGAAAAUAACUCAAAGCGUGAAAGUGCUGACACAUACAACUGACCGCAAAAUGGACUCUUUUAAUAGGAUAUAUCGCCUGUAUGAAAAAGAAACAGCCAAGGACAAUAUCAACUGCUGCAGACCUACUCAAUGAUUUGUUCUCAGUCAUUUUCUGAAGGAUACUUGCCAUGCGCUUCAUUGGUUAAUUUUUGAUUCAUGGCAAAAUAUUGUAAUCACAAUUCAAAAAUUGACGAUGAUAAUAUUCUUACUUUACAUACGUAUGAUGCACGAU